UCCUCAGUUUCUCUUGGAAGAAAUCAUGAAUUCUGCCAAAUUAAUUUCUUACUUUGUAAGGGGGUAAAAAUUAACCUACACACAUAGAGCUGUGUGGUUUCCAGUCCCUUUCUCAAUCUGAGAGCUAAGAGACAUCCAUUCUCUGUAGGGGAACGGUGAUGAUUGUCCCUUGCAGGUUCCUCACCCUGAAUUUCUACCCAGGUGCCUGUUACUCACCUGUCUUGCCCCUUGGCCUUCAGUUCCCUCUUGCAUUCACUGCCUGCCUAGUGGGCCAAAUAUGGGCCAACAUGUGUGGUUUUGUGGGUUCAGGUUUCUGUUCCCAUAACCAAGAUUCUCACCAUUCCUGUCAAUGAGUGGCUUAGGUGGAGGUUAAACAACAAAAAAGACCAAGUUUAUUGAACAAAAGGCUUCUUUAUAAUUUUGAGUGUUAAUGCUGGCUCAUACUUUCUAUUAAUGUCACAAUUGUGUUGAACUGUAAGCACUUCUUCAUGUUGCACAGUUGUAGCUCUUUGGUAGCACUUGGCCAUGGUUCCAUGUCCUCUAGAAUCCUGGGGUUUGUAGUUUGGGGAGGCACUAAGAGCUUUCUGGAAGAGAAUUCUAGAUACAAAACUAAAAAUCCCAGGAUCCCAUAGGACACAGAGCCAUAGUGGUCAAUGUGGCACAAAAGCUCUAUAGCUGUGCCAUAUGAAAGAGGUUUAUCAUCUUUUUUUAAGCAACUGUGCACAUAUUCUUAUUCUGAAGCAAAUAAAUAGUAACAGAGUAGCUCAGCAAUGACAUUCACUCCUCCAACCUCUUUGUACAAAACUUGGAAGCUUUUUCUGUUUUUUAAAAUAAACCUAUCUUCAGACCUCUCCUUUGUUUAAACAAAUUCUGGCCUACAAAUUAUAUUAGGAUUGUCCCCUAUUUCUGCUGUUUUCCUUGGUAGGGCAACAAUUUUAUUUGUUUGUUUGUUUGUUUGUUUUGCUGUUCACCAGUGGAUUUUUUAAAUAUCAGCAGAGAUCACUCAUUGAGGGGUUGUUUUAUUGCUGUUAACUCUCCUCACCCCACUAGGCACUUCUUUUUAUGAUGAAGAGUAACCAGUGAUAGUACUCUUUGGGUUUGGUCCUUCAACAGGUCCUACAAGCCCCUUUGAAUUUCUCAAGAAGGCUCCAUUCUUUUCUCAUUAGGAAAACUUUUAAGGUGGUAUAUACCUAAAACAUGCCAAAUGCAGGCCUGAAUUUUUUUAAAGUUUACCUUUGUUGGAGGUUCGCUUUUUAUGUAGGAAGUACAGUACCUGGUAUUUGUUGGCAAUCUCCCAUCCAAGUACUAACCAGUGCUGACCUUGCUUAACUUCCAAGAUAAGACAGGAUCUGGUGUUUCUAGGGUACCUGUAGCAAGAUAAGACUUCUUAACACAGCAAUGUACAUUGAUGGUGCUCUUUAAAUACCUAAUAUUGUCUAUCCAGUGAUUCCCAAAUAUUCCCUCAUCCCUGAGGGCAGUGGAAGAUUCCAGGAUUAAUGGUGUACUGUAAAUUACUAUUUAUCCAGUGGUUCCCAAAGUGGGGCAGUAGAAGAACCCAAGGGAGUGGUGAGGUAGAAGGGGGGUGUUAGGGGGCGGUAAUGGGAAAAGGAGGCAGAAGAGGGACCUUCAAUCAAAGGAUUGGCAUGCAGGAAAGACAAGGGGAACCAAUGGUCUUUAGGACCAUGGUGGGGAUGAAGAUUACAUUAAACUUCUUUUCAGGGUCCUCAGAAGACACCACAUAGCAGCGCUGAUCUUUUAUGUGGUUCUAUCUCCUUCUCUUUCCUGCCCAUGGUGUUUGACCAGAACAUCUUAGGGACAGCUUUUCCCUGAGACAGGCAGAAGAGGAAUAAUUUAAUUGGUGUAAAAAAUUUAUACAGAUGGAUGACCCAGCCUCAGCUGUUCCUGAAGGAGGAAAAGGCUACAAUGGCCUCAGUACUGAGAGCACUGGGGGAUUCUGGAAGAGGACAGUCCAGAGGUCUCUGGACAAGGACCUUGUCAGCUCAGACACACAGUGCCAACGCUUCAGGCAGUUCUCCUAUGAAGAGGGCAAGGGCCCCCGAGAUGUUUGCAGUCAACUACACCAUCUCUGCCAUCAGUGGCUGAAGCCAGAGCAACACACAAAAAAUGAGAUCCUGGACCUGGUGAUCUUGGAGCAGUUCCUGACCAUUUUACCCUCAGAGAUGAAGAACUGGGUCAGGGAAUGUGGGGCAGAGACUUGUUCCCAAGCGGUGGCCCUGGCAGAGGGCUUUCUCCUGAGUCGGGCAGAGUCAGAAAAGAAAGAGAAAGAACCAGAGGUCAAGAAGCUCAUGGUAGAAGUUCACUCUGAACUCCCUGUGGCUGAGAAGUCUCCUGUGAAUCCCAGGCAAAGUCCCCAAUGCAGGGCGAUCCAGCAGGAGGGUGAUGGAGGCGACCCCUUGCAAGCCAUCUUUCACUAUGCUUCCAGUGAACACGCUGCUAAAAUAGUUUCAGCUGUACAGAGGACAAAGAGGAAAUGGGAGCAAGAGGCUGGAAUGAUACCACCAACAAGGACUCAGUCGCAUCUUCCUCUAUCCAGUGGACCAGAACCAGAUCAGGGCCUGGUGACAUUUGAAGAGGUAGCCGUGUCUUUCUCCCCAGAGGAGUGGGCCCUGCUGGAUCCUGACCAGAGAGCCCUACACAGGCAGAUCACGGCAGAGACCCGUGGAAUCAUGGACUCCCUUGAUUCAUGUACUGGGACUUUAUUGUUUGAAGUUUCUACCUCCAACAAAGAAAAGGUAGCAUCAUUGAAAAUAAAAGCAGAAAAGAGGAUAAACAAGAAACUGAAGAAGAUGGAACAAAAUAAGAAGGCAGCUACCCGGUAUCGGCAGAAGAAAACGGCAGAGCAAGAGGUCUUAUCAGGAAAGUGUAGAGAACUAGAAAAGAAAAAUGAGGCCCUGAGAGAGAAAGCAGAUAAGUUGAGCAAAGAAAUCCAGUAUUUAAAAGAUGUAAUUGUAGCGGUCUGCAAAGUCAAGAGUAAAAAAGUUAAAAUUGCAGAAUAGGGUAGUCAAGAGUAGAUGUUGCAUGCAUGUAUAUAAAAGCUUGGUGCAGACUGCUGUGUAUUUUUGCUAAAUAAAUUAUUUUCAUGUGUGUGUGUGUGUGUGUGUGUGUGUGUGUGUGUGUGGCUUCAAAGGGAGAGGAGGGCAGGCCAGCUCUCUCAGGCCUAGCCAGAACAAGAAGGCCUUACCUCCACUCACCAUCAUCCAGCCUCAGGGGGACAGAAGAGCAGGCCAGCCACAGUAUGAGGAAGGGUCCUCCCUCCAAUCCAUCUGCUGUGGUCCAGGCCUCAAAGGGACAGAAGACCUGCUGGAUGUAUUCCCCUUCCCCCAUUGCCAUUCCCUUCUCCUUUUGUGACUUGUCUUCUUAGAUUGUGAGCCUGCAGGCAGGGAAAUGUCCAAUUAACAAUUUGUAAGCUGGAGAACGGGGUAUAAAUACUCAAGAUCAAUCAAUAAAUAUAAAUUCUUAUAAGAAAGAGGGUCUGUUCUAAUUCAAUCUGAUUAGAUCAGCCCUAUUCCUUUUUGCUGAA